AUGUUUUCCCAACUUCUAUAUACAGUUGCCACGAAAGUUGUAUUAUUUAUCUUCCUGCUUCUCAUCUACUUGCUAAGCGUCACAGGCAAUCUGAUCAUCAUCACACUCACCCUGGUGGACGCUCACCUCAAGACCCCCAUGUAUUUUUUCCUUCGGAAUUUUUCCUUCUUAGAAAUCUCCUUUACUACUACAUGCAUUCCUACAUUGCUGGUUAUUAUGACAACAGGGGACAAAGCUAUUUCCUAUAACAGUUGUGUUGCUCAAGUGUUUUUUACCUUCCUUUUUGGAGCGUCUGAAUUUUACCUGCUGGCAGCUAUGUCCUAUGACCGCUAAGUUGCCAUUUGUAAGCCCCUCCAUUACACAACCAUCAUGAUCACUAAGAUCUGCAUACAGCUCGUCCUCAGUUGCUGGCUUGCUGGGUUCUUUACCAUCUUUCUACCUCUCCUCUUAGGCCUACACCUUGAUUUCUGUGCCUCCAACAUUGUUGAUCAUUUCUACUGUGACACGACUGCCCUCAUGCAGAUCUCAUGCUCAGACACACAACUCAUCGAAACAAUGGGGUUCACUUCUGCUUCAAUGACACUCCUGGUCACGUUGGUAAUGGUGAUAAUAUCAUAUAGCUAUAUUGCCUUGACUAUUCUAAAAAUCCCUUCAACUAAUCAGCGGAUAAAAGCUUUUUCCACAUGUUCUUCUCACAUGAUUGUGAUAUCCCUUUCUUACGGCAGCUGCAUCUUCAUGUAUGUUAAACCAUCAGUCAAACAGAGGAUAUCUUUCACCAAGGGAAUUGCGGUGCUCAAUACCUCCAUUGCUCCACUUUUGAAUCCUUUCAUCUACACCUUACGGAACCAACAAGUGAAAAAAGCCUUCGUGAAUAUGGUACAGAGGAUUGCUUCUUUCUUAAACAAAUGA